AUGGCCUCAACCACAAAGCACGCCAAGCCUCUCGAGCAGCCGGAUGAAUACGCCGACGCUGAGCGAAACUACCAGCCCAAGUCUCUCAAAUUCUGGUCGAUAAUCCUGGGCAUGUACCUCGCUAUUUUUCUUGUCGCCCUUGACCGAACAAUCAUCGCCACGGCGAUCCCAGCAAUUACGGAUGAAUUCCACUCUAUCAGCGAUAUUGGCUGGUAUGGGAGCUCCUACAUGCUGACCUCCGCUUCCUUCAACCCCGUGUUUGGGCGGCUAUAUCAGCUCUACUCGACAAAAUGGACUUUUCUUUCCUCUAUCGUCGUCUUCGAGGUUGGAUCUACCCUUUGCGGAGCUGCCCCGAAUUCUACAGCAUUCAUCAUCGGCCGUGCGAUCGCAGGCCUGGGAUCAGCUGGAAUCUUCUCUGGAGGCAUGAUGAUCAUCAUGCCGCUCGUCCCUCUCCGCAAGCGUCCGAUGUUCACCUCUAUCUUCGGUAUGACCUUUGGGGUCUCAUCUGUCAUUGCGCCCAUUAUAGGAGGCGCCUUUACGGACAGUGUGACCUGGAGGUGGUGCUUCUACCUCAAUCUCCCUAUCGGAGGCUUCACUAUCGCCGCCAUACUACUCUUCUUCCACGCGCCUCCGCCUCAAGGCAUACAGGGCGGAAUAAUCGCCCAUAUCAUCCAUCUGGAUCCGCUGGGGGUGUUUUGCUUCAUCCCCUCUAUCGUCAGUCUUAUCCUAGCGCUCGAAUGGGGUGGUACAACCUACGCUUGGAGCAACCCAAAAGUCAUCGGGCUUCUGGUCACAUUCGCCGCUCUGUUCAUCAUCUUUGUUGUGGUGGAGGCCCUCAACUCCAACAAGGCAAUGAUCCCAGCACGGGUUGCCCUGGACCGCUCUAUUGCCUCGGCAAUGAUCUUUAUGUUUCUUAUUGCAGGAGCGAUGAUGUCGGUCGUCUACUACCUGAAUAUCUGGUUCCAAGUCGUCAAGGGCGACUCGGCCACCCGCGCAGGACUCAGUACCCUUCCCAUGGUUAUCUCCUUGGUGGUCUUUAGUGUCUUUGCUGCUAUAUUCACCCAGAAAAUUGGCUACUAUGUUCCCUCCAUGCUGGUGGCCCCCGUAUUCUGCUCCAUCGGCAGCGGAUUACUUUCAACUCUCGCUCCAAACUCCAACCACAGGUACUGGAUUGCGUACCAGGUCCUCUUUGGUCUCGGAGUUGGCUGCGGGUUCCAGACAUCCACUCUUGCGGCCCAGACGGUUUUACCUCGCGCGGAUGUCCCCAUUGGCAUGUCCUUGAUGUUCUUCAUGCAGCAGCUGGGAGGUGCCAUCUUCCUCGCGAUUGACCAGAACCUGCUUUCAACCAAGCUUGUGGGGCGACUGUCAAGAGUCGCCGGCCUUGACACCGAGAGAAUUGUCAACACGGGAGCAACGGAUCUUCGCAAUGUGGUGCCUUCUGACGAGCUUGACACAGUUGUGAACGCCUACAACUACGCUCUUACGCGCAUAUUCGUCGUGACUGCUGGCAUCGGCGCAGCUGCGAUAAUCGGGGCUCUGACAAUUGAAUGGCGGAGCAUCAAGACCCAAGGUCCGAAGCCUCAAGAACGGACCACAGCAAGCGAUUUGGACGAGGAAAAAACUCACCCAUCAAGCGAGAAUACAUUGGGAAACGGCGCAACCGAGCUGCAGAAAAUAGACGUAUAA